GAAGAAAAGAAGGCAGUGCUUGAUGUUUAUUCUGAUUCAGGUGAGUCAUUCAUUGGGGGUGAAAAAAAAAUCAUGAAUACCUGGGCUCUGUUGUGGCCGAACUCAAGAUGGCAGGAGUAACUUUAUGUCACAAGGUUGGCUAUACAGUGACAACGCUGCCCGUGCUGCUGAUAGCAAUGCUACUCCUGGAAAGUGUAAACAGUUGUAAUGUAGCAGGAAGCAGUUGUCGUAAUGGAACAUGUUACUUUGUGAACACUGAAGGAAUGAUGUGGCAUAAUGCCUUGGAUCAUUGUAACAAUAUUUGCAACGGUAGAUUGGCUGUCAUCAGGGACAGAGACACUCAAAUAUUUCUGCAUAAACUGACAUCAUCAAAGGUUUGGCUGGGCGGCAAGGAGGUGAAUUUAACAGACUGGAUGUGGAUAGACCAGGAGGGUGCGUUAACUGCAACAACAUAUACACACUGGAGCGGCCCACGGGUAUUUCCUUAUAUAGGACAACAACCAGAUACCAAUAAUGGACUCAAGUUCCAGCCUGCAGUAGCUCUAAUGAGGUUGAGAAACACGACAGAGAGGUUUCCUUGGCUGGACAGAGAAUACUUACAGACACAGGAAUCUGGUGUCAUUUGUGAAGCAGACCAGAAAAGCCAAGUAUGCCAAGGUAAACAUAGUUUCCACUGGGUUCAAAACAACAGUAGAUGGACAGACAUAAAGGACGAGGCAUGUAUUUUCAUCAGUGUUCAACCUGAAAGAGUCACCUGGUUUGAGGGUCAUAGGUUAUGCAGAGAAGCUGGAGGAAAACUUCUUAAGAUAGACAACGACACAGUGCAGAAAAACGUGGAAAAUAGGCUAAACAAUAACAGUGGGCCGCGGUAUUAUUGGAUCGGAUUGGUUCACAGUGAAUGGAGAUGGGUGAACGAUGGCCCCAUUAACCUGAUGUUUUGGAGACCGAUCAUGUAUCCACCAUAUCAAGCAGGACCAGCGUGUCUUGCACUGGAAGGAGCUGCAAGUGACGUCACCAGAAGCUGGUUGAUGAAAGAUUGCAGCGAGACACUGCCAUAUAUCUGUGAAUAUCCACUAGAUGCCACUAUGCCAAAUGGGCCUUCCACCACCAUUGUUGUAGUCAAUCCACCAGUGACAGAUGGUCUUUUAGUAAUAACCACCAUCAAGAGCGAUGAAGUAAAUAUGACGGCAUCAGUAAGUGGGACGGUGCCAGUAGGAUGGGGCGCAGGUUUAAUAGUAGUAGUUACACUUAGCGGAAUUCCAAUAGUGACCAUUUUAGCUUUUGCCGGCGUCGUUAUUUGGAGAAGAAAACCUUUGGAACACAUCACUAAAGCCUCUGAUGACUAUACCGCCAGGCUUAACGGGAUUUACGACGAUAUUGUUGCAGUAGAAUGCGGUAUGAAUUACGAAAGACUAAGAAGACAAAGUGACCCUUUUUACCAGGAAUUGGUACAUAAUACAGCAUCUCCUGAUACACAAGACGAACAAGCAUCAUCACAAGCAGAAUCAGUUGACGGCACUUACGAUAACCCAAUGUUAGAAGGUAUAAAUGGCAACGAUGCCGUUUAUACAAAUUUCCCCAAUAUUGCAGGCAGAAACGGCGACGUUAUCGGUAAUACAACUGAGGCAAGUUAAUAACAAGUAAACGGUGAUUGAGCACAGAGGCUUGGCACCUACUUUAAUAUAGAAGAUAUCCACGAUCCCCUGCAGUCCACGGCGCUUAAGUAGGAUAUGAACCUCCGUCUGGCGAUAAAGCCAGUGAUAGUUGGAUAAAUGAGGAAGAAAGACAUCUCCAACUCAUAUCACAAAAAGAAAGAAAGAAACAAAGAAAAAAAUCGCCAAAACAAAAAUGUUCAUACAAUAGCAUAUACAAAAGAGAUGGAUGGAAAUGAUUUGCACGGAUGUAAGCAGCUGGCUGCAUAAGUACAUAACAAUCAACAUAACAAGACAGCAAAUUAUUUUUUGAGCCAGACUAACAUUUUCCUCAUGAAAAUCAGCACUACGAGUACGAGAUCCUUUGCAAUCGAUACACGAUCAGACUCCCGUAAAACAAUGUUUUAUUUCUGUUUGUUUGGACUCGCGAGAACAAUGUUUUAUUUCUGUUUGUUU